GCCGCUGACCACAGCAUUGCACCACGCUUCGUUCCUUUUCACGUCUUGUAAAUCGACGUACUAUACGAUCAAAAUGCGUCUCGAAAAAUGCUAUUUCUGUUCCUCUACAGUCUAUCCGGGUCACGGAAUUUCUUUUAUAAGGAACGACUGUAAGGUUUUUAGGUUUUGUCGCUCAAAAUGCCACAAAAACUUUAAAAUGAAAAGGAAUCCACGAAAAAUGAAAUGGACCAAAGCAUUCAGAAAAGCUGCUGGUAAAGAUUUGGCCAUUGACUCCACAUUCGAAUUUGAGAAAAAGCGAAAUGUCCCUAUGAAAUACAACAGAGAAUUGUGGUCUAACACAGUUCGGGCCAUGAAAAGAAUUGAAGAAAUCAAACAGAAGAGACAGGCGCAACAUAUCAAGAACAGACUUAAACCAAACAAAGAACUUGUCAAAGAGGUGGACAAGAAGGAGGUCCAGCAAAAUAUCAGUCUUAUAUCACAACCAGUUCCCAAAAGAAAGGCAUCCCAGAAGAUUUCCCAAGUCAUGCGGGAGGCAGAUCCCAUGGACAUGGAAGAGUAAUAAGAUUAUCCUUAGAGGGAUGCAGACAUUGGCUGUUACAUGUGACAGAUUUGCUAAACAUAGCGGCAAGGCUGGGCGAAGAGCACUCAUGUAACACUGUAGCAAAUCUAAUUUGUACAUAAAUAAAGGAGUAAGACUUGGCA